AUGGACUGCUGCUCCCACCACGUGUUUGCAUUUGCCUUCAUUACUUUCUGGAUCAUCGGCGGCUCGGCUAUCAUCGUCUUCGCGCUCGUAUCAGUAGCCUACAGGGAAGCCGGCGGCACCACGUUCGAGUACAUCUUCCUCUCCAUCUUCCUCGUCGCCUGGAUAAGCUUCGGCGCCAAUUUCUACCGCGUCGACUUCUGCCCGCUCAUGUCGUGGUCGGAGCUGGGGCGCCGGUGCCUGGCCAAGCUUCUCGGCCCGCUCCAGUGGUGCCGCCGCGGGGUCAGCCGGCUUCUCUGCCUACCGUGCCGGUGGGCAUGCGGCAAGCUAUGGCGCUGGAGCGGCGGCGUUUCCGUUGAUCUUCCGCAGUUCAUGGUGCAAAGCGGAAGUGUUCUCGAGCCGCCGCCGGCGUGCGAGCUCACCGCGGACGACAUCCCGGCGUGCGAGCAGGAGGCCGCGGUGCGGCCAGGCGCCGCGUCGGAGUGCGCGGUGUGCCUCGGCGAGAUGGAGAAUGGAGACAUGGUUAAGCGGCUGCCGGCGUGCUUGCACAUGUUCCAUCAGCACUGCAUCGACGUCUGGCUGCGCGGCCACUCGACGUGCCCGGUCUGCCGGUUUGACGUUUUUGCCCCGUUGCCGUCUCAGUUUGCAUGA